AUUGCAGUGUCAUUUUAAUGGUCACCAUCAAAUCAAAAUAGUAAAUAAUUAUUGAAAUUUAAUGUUAUAUUAUGAAUCUCGUUGUAAGUCUACUCAUAAUAGUAAAUAUUUUCCUUAUUAUUGGAAGAAAAAUUGUCAGUGGCAAUUCGUGUAAGUCCUAUGGUCCCCCAAUCAAUUACGAAUUUUUGGUUUCUUUAAGAAAAUGGGACAAUAUCAAAGAAACUUAUAAACACCAAUGCGGUGGUACUUUGCUAAAUGAGUUUUUAGUUUUGACUGCAGCUCAUUGUGUGGUUAACCAAUCAAUAGUUGUAGCAGAAUGCUGUAAAAUAGACUCCCUAAUGUACAAUGGUCCAGUAUCGGCCGUAGAGACAGUAUUACAUCCUGAUUAUAAUCCAGCAACUUUCAAAAACGACAUUGCGUUAUUAAGAUUAGAAUCUCCAUUGCACCAUAAGAAUAAUAGUGGAUUUGCACGGCUAGCGCCACCGAUUUAUAAGGAUUUCAACAACCUUGGAAUGAAUUUAUUACGACAUUGCGUCUCUGUAGGAUGGGGUUCGGCAAUGGUACACUGUACGGAUGUAACACCAGUACAUAUAGAAUAUUGUAGAACAAAGAAUCACCAGCUAUAUCCGAUGAGAGAAAUUAAUUCAAAUAUUUUUUGUACAACAAAAGGCGACAGCAUCGACAGUGGAGGAUCAGUAAUAUGCAACAAUUUUCUGUACGGGGUAACAAUUUGGCAGGAUUCGAGUGUAGGUUUAACGGUUAAUCAAAGGAUAGAUCGCAAUUUACGAUUUAUUUUUGAUUCCGCCAUUGUUAAGUCUUUUAAUCCCGGUUUAAAGAUAUUUCAUUUUAAAUUUAUAAUAUUGAUAAAUUUAAUUUGUAGUUUUUUAUUGUAAUAUUUAUUUAACAGUCAUUAGAAAAUUUUUAGACCGUUUUUUAUCAAUAUCAUCUAGAUCUCGUAUCUAUCUGAACGAGAGUGUGGUUCAAAGCCUGCUUGUACUGGUGCUCUAAGCUAAAUGUAAUCCUCUUAGUUUCUACCCCAUUCGGGUUUCCGGAUAUUGUAUCUCGAAGUGCUAGUCCUGUUCCCAUUUAAGAAUCCGACAGUGGCAGAGUACACGGAAAAAACAGUGGUAAAGAUUUUGUUUACUAGAAAAACAUCACACUUCAUAAAGAUAUAUUUUUAACUAUUACAAAAAAAAAUUAUUAUUAAAUUAACUAUUAUUAUCUUUAACUCUUAAUCUUUAUAGAUACUCUCCAAAUAUAUUGCAUUUACCCAGUC